GAGUGACAUAAAGAGAAAAACUCAAAGAUGACCUCAGGGUGCUGACAUACAAAGUUACAACAUUUUUACCACUUUAUCAGCUUAAUACUUAAACACAGCAGAAGUAACGCGGAAGAAACAGUGAGGAACAGACUGAGGGUGUGGACUUCAAAGACCAGGAGAAAUUUAAUUUGGGAAUGAGUUGGGGGACGUAUCGAAUCAGCAGCAGCAGUUAGUUUGAUGACAGAGCUGUAACGUUCCCCCCCGAGACAAGAUUUUUGGACGUUCUUGAAAAGUUACCUGUAAACAAUUUGAGGACUUCUUACUGGAAGAAUCAUGUCUCGUGCACAACUUCUGAUUGUACUCCUACUGUGUUGUCUACCUUUGGCAGCCUGUUUGACCUGUUACACCUGUGUAUUCCCCUCCAUCUCUCCUCUGGACUGCUUCAAGUUUCCUCAGGAGUGCCCAGCUGGGCAGCGCUGCCUGUCUAGUACUGCAAUAGGAAGACGGGGCGCACUACAAGUAACAAUGUACGAGAAGAGCUGCGCCAUCCUCUCCCAGUGUGAUGUGAGUGGACAGAAAUACGCCUCGGGCCUCUACUUCAACUACACCAACGUCUGCUGUGAUACAGACCUGUGUAACGGGGCUGCGUCCACUGCUGCCCUCAGCUGGGGAGGACUCGCUCUCUGCCUGCUGCCUACACUCACUCUCCUGCUCGCCUGAGCAUCAGAAGGGGAGGCGGGGUGUCUACUUGGGGUCAAGCUUAACACCUAAUAUCGAGGGUUUAAGUGACCUGGAAAAGAAGUACACUCACAGGCACAUGAGCAUGCACUUGUUCUCUCAAAUAAAGAGUGACCAGAAAAUGAUGUGAGUUUUUUAGAAGCCAAUAUUAUUUUAUUAGUUUAAUUUAGUUUUUCUAACCAUAGUAUCUGUUAAAAAUGUCAAAAUAUAAAUCAAUAAUUCAAUUUGACAUUACGUUACAAAUCUGUCAAGACCACGAUUGACCAAAUCAGUAAAAAUAACUUAUAUGACACCAAAAUAUAUCUCACCUCAAGGUCUAUUUUGAGGCUGUUGUGGAGCUUUUCAAUCACAUCACAUGAUCUUCAUCAGGAGACAAGAUUUUUCUCGGUUGUCUUGGAGAUCACAUUUUUUUACGAGCACUGUAAGGGCCUCCUGUCUAUUUGGGAUUAAAAUGUGGUUCAAAGUUCAAUCUUGAAUUUGGAAAACAGAAAAAUUCCACCUCAAGGUCCAGUGUGUAGCUGUUCUGGAGCUUUUGACCAGGUGUCCCACUUUGUGUGGGACUGCACAGCACUAUUUUCUUGUCCCACAUGUUGACCCAUUAAGUCCCGAAACUUUCUCCUUUCUCUCCUUUGCUGAGAGGGACAGAGCAGAACUGAAGGGUGUAGUUACACUUUGAGUUCAAAUGUUAAUUUUUGACCUUGGAAAUGGAAGACAGUUUGCCACUGGAGACCACGAGAUACGAUAGAAAGCUCCAGAGCAGAAACUAAAUGGACCUUGAAAUGAGACGGUUUAGUCAAGAAGGAGCUUUUACACAAACAUGAAUGAGAAGCUGUUAAAAUACUCAGAAAAAGUGGGAAUUUAAACAUAAAACAUACGAUGAAAAGUUGCCGUCUCAGUAUUAUUCUUGUUAUCUGUGCUCUACUUAAAGCUUAUUAGCUAUGUAUGUACAUGUAUUAUUGUUUGCACCUUUUUGUGUCCCUUCGUCUUGACCAUCUCCAUGUUGUUACCCUUGACAACGGUUAAAAAGAAAAUAAAAACACAUCAAUCACUGGUU